CAACGGUGCCAAAAAAGGUGACAACUAUGUCGGUCUCAUUUAUCGCGUUACAAUCGAGAGCAACGAGAAUGGCGAGAUCGAGAAAAGGCGGUUGAUUGUAAAGACCGCUCGCGCAAUUCUCAUACCCGGAGCGCCGGAUUUCACAAACAUGUUCCAACGCGAAAUGUUCUUCUAUCAGGAGGCAGUGCCUACCUUCAGAGAGACUUUAAAGGAACACGGGAUCAUCGAGCGCUUUCCCACUUUUUACGACGCCGAGGGUGAAAUGGGAAAAGAGGCUUUAGCGGACGAGGACGAGCACUAUGUCAAGAGAGUCCAGCAAUUCGCCGAUAAUGUGAAGGAUAACAUGUGCAGCGCGGUUGACGGAACACUCGCGGAACCCUACGCCGUCGUGAACCACGGUGACGCUUGGACCAAUAAUAUACUCUUCAAGUAUGACAAGGUACGUAUGUACUUAAGGUCCGACACGCGCGUGAAAUCUAAUUGAGUCUAAUUAUAAUAAUUUAAUCUUAUUAAAUUUCCAAUGAACCAUGUCCGUAUCGCAUUUGCUUUUACCGCGACUAUUAUUAUUUCUGGCAGACCGACCGUUACUAAUAUGUUUCCAUAUAAUUUUUUAUUCCGACAUUAUUUUAACGUAGCAUACGUACCCAGAUAGCCAAGUCUGCCGAGAGCAGAUGAUGCUAACUAUCUGCUAUCAACUAUUGCCAGCCAAAAGACAACAAAUUUGAUACAGAAGUUGUUAUUAACGAUUAAUUCGACAAAUUGGUGCCAGAAAUGUAACGGAGCCUGCUCGCAAAAUCUCAGAACAGAUUGGCGGCAGAAACCGAGCAGAAUCUGCAAACAUGGCUUGAAGUCGGAUUGUCGACAGAAACCGAGCAG